ACACGAUUACGUGACUGACUGACGCGUGAUGCGGCUAUGUCCCUGAGCUCAGCUUCUCUUUAAACCCCAGUGAGAAAUAGGACCCGUGGGAUACUGCACUAUAGCCUUGCUGCAGAGCGUCUGGAGAAGCAUUCGCAGGCGAGGAGCGCAGUUGUGCAUGAUGGCAGAGAACAGGGUCGGUAAACGGUACCAGAACAAGAUGCAUUCGCCGAACCGGGGGGCCAUGGAACAGGGGCUCGGGCUGCAGAAGAGACAGGCGAGGGUGACUGUCAAAUACAACAGGAAGGAGCUGCAAAAACGUCUGGAUGUGGAGAAGUGGAUCGAAGACAGCUUGGAUGAGCUCUUCCCGGGGAGGGAAUCGGAGAUGCCUGAAGAAGUGAACAUUGAUGACCUGUUAGAUCUGCAGACCGACCAGGAGCGGCGACAGAAACUGCAGGAUAUCCUUCAUUCGUGCAAUGACAAUACAGAGGCGUUUAUCAAGGAACUGAUCCUAAAACUUCACAGUCUCCAGAAACAGGAAGAGCUUCACAACAACGGAGUCGACCCCCACCACUAGGGGGCAGAGUUUCUCCAAAACUCGCCCUUCACCCCUGUAUAUAGCGGCAGAGAGAUUCUUUUUUUUCUGCAAUGUGCCGAAGCCAAAGCUUCAUUUAUUGGCUGAAAGUAAAGCACGGCAUUCUGCUGAUCAACCUGGAUAACGCGUCGCGUCGCAGGGAAUAUAUUGCAAUGACCUCAAAGUGCAGCACCAUCUAGCUCUAUAAUAAUGCUCUACACAAUUAUUCUGCCUGAGUGAUUUAUUAACCCUUUUCACAUACAAUAAAGAUUGAUGUGUUAUGGUGGUGGUAGUAACGUUCGCCACAAUUUAGAUCAUUAAAAUAGACCCCGAAUGUGCUAAACUACACAGUUUUCUUCAGCAGCCAGGUGUUUUAUUGCAAUUAGACUAGGGGGUGGAGCUUUAAGCCCCGCCCGGUCCAAAGAGCCCCUCCCCCUUGGAAAAAAAUCACACACAUUUUAAAAAGAGGAUUUUUAACUUAAAGAAAAUAUUAACGUGUUUCACUGCACCAAAGUCAGUUUAUAUAACUGUAUUGUAUUCUUCUUGGACACUAAGUUGUUGUUUUAUUCUUUUUUUUAUAUAAUAACGGAAAUUAAGAUAUACUGCACAGUGUUUUUUUUUUUUUUUUUUUUAAGUGCUUUUGAAAUUGUAACAAACUGCCCCCCUCUCCCAGUUUUAUUAAAUGGAUUUUUUCCCAUAGCACACAGUGCCUCCUGCUGGCUGUAACUAAAGAAUUUCUUAAUUUUCUUUUAGUUAGAUAAACCACAAAAGGAAAUAAUAAUAAUAAUAAUAAUAAUAAUAAUAAUAAUAAUAAUAAUAAUAAUAAUAAUAAUACAAUUCAAUUUAAGAGGGUUUUAUGAAACUGUGGUGCUUUAGGGAAAUACUUUGUUGGUACGACAAUAAUGUUAAACUAUGCUAUUUAUAAGGAAAUAAACGUUAGCUAAGUAUUUCAAUAACUACAAUAAUAAUUAACAACAGUAAUGCCAUUACCAUACAAUGUACCAUUUGAGCUGCAAGGGAUUUUAACUAAUGCUUACUUUGAACUGCGUCAUUUUUUUAAGCAGUAAAGAGGGAGGCAGUUUAAAACACACACACACACACACACACACACACACACACACACACACACACACACACACACUGCUAAAAGUUAUUAAAAUGGCUAUGUUUUUUUUAACGGUUUUCUAUGCCCGUUGUGUGCACUCGUUGUGUGUCGAAUGAAAUAAAUCAAAUUAAACUCUC